AUGUCCAAGCAAACAGAUCUUCAAUUGGCAGAAGAAGCUGUUCAUGAUGGGGGAUCAAGAGAUACCAUUGUCGAGAAUGUCACAACAGAUGCACUGCUGGGUGAUGCUCCACUUUGCGAAGGAAUAUUGCCUUUCGACAAGGGUGAUGAAGACGAUGUUGUAGAAAGGAAAGAUGGUUCUUGGACAGUCAAGCGACAGAAGAUGCAGCAGGUCAUUGAUGUCAAGUGGUCCAACUUCUUUCAAUUUAAAAACCGGUAUGGCCCCAAUGAAGGACUUGAAAUCAUUGAGGUUCUGCGAGGGCAUCAAAACAUCGCUCAGGAAAUCUCCGAGGGACGCAGGCAGGUACCACUGAGAAGGUCGGAUUUGGAAACGCAGACCAAAAUUGGUAGCUCAUCCUGGAUUCAUCGUGUUCGGAUCCAGUCACCUUCAUUACUUCUGCUACUAGCGCGAUUGACUGGCAACGAAGUAAAAUGGAACAUAGAGACACCCCGGGUUUUCGUACGACCAUUUCGGACCUUGUAUCAUUUUUUACCACAGAUCAAAAAAUGCUUGGAAAGCUUGGAAGAGAAUUGGACACAGAAAAAACCGCAAGAGGACUUGAAGUCGGUGGAAGAAGUUCAACUAUCUUCGAAGCAGAAUACAAUCGCCAAUCAUUCCGAGUCCGAGAGAUCAAAGGGCGAAAUCAAAAUAACGUAUGAUAUAGAUUCUGGCUCCUCUUCAGGCUCAUCCUUAAAUGAUGGCCGCGUAGACGAGUUCGAGAUCAUGGAACCACACGUGGCUGUUUCUGGGGAAGUCGCAAAUUCUCCGACUGCUCUUAAACAUGUGCGAAUAUACAUCAAGUUUGUGGAAGAGCACAUAGUUCCUAUAUGGGAACGUGCUGCCGGCACCAACCAACGAAAAGUGCGUUGGAGUGAUUUGUGGAUGUACUUUGUGGUUGGCGACCUGCUCUAUUUCCCAGGAGUUUCUGAUUUGUCGCAAGACUCCCAAUCGACGAACCCAGCAACAAAAAACAUGAUCUACCAAAGCGCCUGGCGACUGUAUUCUCUGGUCCUAGAAAAGUCCAAGAAUGCAAAUAUUGAUACAAAGAUCGAUCCUGCUCGAAAGUUUCUGGUUAAUGCUUACCGCUUUCACUGGGACGGGUCUUCAUACGGACCAGUUGCCCAAGGCUUCAACAUUGAGAUGUACGAAGGCGAUAGGGAUAUCGGAACUUUAACAAUAUAUCCCAUGCGCUUUGCCCGAGACUUCCAUAGUAUGAAGGCAAAGUUUCGCAGCCAAGGAGAGAGCUUCCAACGAGCUGUCAAGCAAAAACACUUCUACUAUAAUGGUUGGACGCUCACCCAUGGAUACGUUCCCAAUGCCAACAUGAGGCAGGACUCUGAAUAUAUUGAGGGGGAUGAUAUCAUUGAUUUUGAGGAAGGAUUCAAGGCAGACCGCUCUAUACAGCCCCCUUUGUUCGGUUUCCGGGGUUCAGAGCGACCUAACACUGGUGGCUGGUCUGAAAUUGAAGAUAACAUCUCAAUCAAACAUUGGGAAAAUGAUACUAUGGCAUACCCUUUGGAGGAAAUAAGGGAGGUCAUACAGCAGAACGAGAUGCCCGGCAACUAUCAUCAAAAGCUUCACGCAAAUAGAAACGAAACAGUCAAGGCAUGGCAAAAAUACCGACACAUUGCACAAAUCGAAGGCGAUGACAUUCUUCUCUUACCAGGCCGCAUGGUUACUUACGCUUUGCGAGAGCGAAAAUUCGUUAUGGCAGAUAUUCAGUUAUUGACAACUAUUCCCCAAUCACAAGAUGCUUUCCGGGAUCUUAAGAUUGACAAAGAUCAUAAGCGACUAGUUAAAUCUUUAGUCAAAAUGCAUUUCCAAAAAAGAAACUUUCAGAGACAGAGACCUGAUAUCAGCUCCAACCAGGACCUCAUUCGAGGGAAAGGAUCGGGGCUGGUUAUUUUGCUGCACGGAGUGCCGGGGGUGGGCAAGACAGCCACUGCUGAGGCAAUUGCUCGAGCCCACAAAAAACCACUUUUUUCCAUUACUUGUGGAGAUCUGGAAAUUACACCAAAAGAGGUUGAGACGUCCCUGCGAGAUAUAUUUCGCCUAGCUCAUCUUUGGGACUGCAUUUUGUUACUAGACGAAGCAGAUAUCUUUCUGUCUCGGCGAGAGGUGAGUGACCUGACUAGAAACGCACUCGUAUCAGGUGAGUUCCAAAUCGUACUUCUCAAUCUCGAUUUGAUAGUACAGUAGUCUUGCUAACAUACAUGCUGUCUUUCUUCGUGUACUGGAAUAUUACAGCGGGAUUCUAUUUUUGACCACGAACCGGGUUGGAACACUUGAUGAAGGCUUCCGCUCUCGUUGCCAGUUAUCAUUGUACUACAAACCACUUACUAAGAAACAAACGCUCGCAAUCUACGAUGUCAACUUGCAAAAAUUGCACGAAAUCGAAAAGGACAAGGAAAUCUCCUCGGUUGAUACGCCUAAUGCUCCUGUGCGACCAAUCAUCGAGAUUGACGAUAAAAGCAUCCUCGACUACGCAGCUUGGCAUUUUGAUAAUCACAAGCCUUACGAGAGAUGGAAUGGGAGACAGAUCCGUAAUUCUUUUCAGAUUGAACAUUCGCUUGCAUACUUCGAUAUGCAAAAUGUUUUAAUAGAACGGUGGAACGAGGAAGAAGUCGAAGCCGAAGACUCACCUACUCCUUGCUUUAAAUUGGAUUAUCGGCAAUUUGAGAGAGUCGCACUGACAAUUCAGAUGUUCGAUGCUUACCUGUAUGACGCGGUCUUCGGUAGCUCCAUAGACAACUCUCGAAAUCAGGGUCUUCGAGCAGACGAUCACGACUCCAGCGAAUGGCUUCAUAACACCAAUUACCAUCCAACACAGCACGAGACCCAACAAUCGGUAAGCCAUAGCUCUCACGAAGGGUUCCGUUCGUCCCAGAGAACCCCUUUGGAGUAUGA